AUGGAAGAAGAACAAGAACAAAACCAGUAUGUAAAGCUAUCAUAGGUGCUUUUGGGGAAAACAAAAGAAAAAAGGCAAAACGAAAAAUAAAGUACUCCCCCGAUACUAACACCACGCGUAGGGUCGCGUUGAAAAUCGGGUUGAUAGGCGAUUCACAAAUCGGGAAGACGUCGUUGAUGGUGAAAUAUGUCGAAGGGUCAUUUGACGAAGACUACAUACAAACGCUAGGGGUCAAUUUCAUGGACAAGAGGAUACAGAUAAGAAACACCACCAUCAUGUUUUCCAUCUGGGACUUGGGCGGACAACGGGAGUUUAUCAACAUGCUACCGCUAGUUUCCAACGAUGCAGUGGCGAUACUAUUCAUGUUUGACUUGACGCGGAAGUCGACUUUGAACUCGAUAAAGGAAUGGUACCGGCAAGUGCGCGGGUUCAACAAAACCGCGAUCCCCUUUCUAAUCGGUACGAAAUAUGACCAGUUUAUCGACUUGUCGUUUCAAGACCAAAUCGAAAUAACGCAACAGGCAAAGAAAUUUGGGGCUGCCAUGAAAGCGCCAGUCGUUUUCUGCUCCACGAGCCAUUCGAUCAACGUACAGAAAAUAUUUAAAAUCAUCUUGUCCAAAGCUUUCGACUUGAAGUUGAACUUGGAAGAGAUUGUCAACGUGGGCGAGCCCAUCUUGAUCUUCAAAUGA